UCAUCAUCGUAGGAUAAGGAUCAGGUGUUUUCGUUUUGUGCCUAGCCUAUUUUUAGCUGUCAUAAUUAAAAUUAAUUGCUACUAGCUACUAGGCCUAUUGCUAGCUAAAGCUAAUGCACAAGUCAAUAUUAUAAUUAUUAUUUUUGUGUAUUACUGUUGAAAGUACUAGAUUGUUCAGAGAUUAUUGCCGGGGCCUUUCAACAGGCACUUUUAUCAAAAUACUUUUUAGGCCUAACCAUUUUUUUUUUCAAAUUGAAUUUCAAUUUCAAUUUUCAAGUGAAAGUUACCUACUUAGGCAGUCUUCAAAAACCUCCUAGAAUUGAACAUUAGGCUACUCAUUUCCCCGGGAGCUUAUUUACUUGAUAAUAAGCCUAGUAUUGCAUUGAAUCACUUAAGUAAUGAUUAAAAGUAUAAAAUAUUUAUUUCCCUGUGUUUUAAUCCUUAUUUUAUUAGGAAAUGUUCAAAGUGGAGAAAACAUAGAACCAAAUCUUGAGGAUGUUGCUAGAGGAGAAGUUCAAAGUUGUCGAGGUUGCUCUCUAAACAGACUACCUGAUGUGAAAACCUUCAUCUAUGGUGAUUUACCCAAAUAUUCUGGAGUAGAGUUUCACCCAAUACCUGGAGCUGUUCCACACCUGGUCUUGUUUGAUAAGUCUGAUAAGGAGCUGUACAGAACAGACCUGUCACACUUGUCUCGGCAGGGAUGUAACGAUUUGGUAAAAAAGUAUUUCAAACUCAAGGAUGAGGAAGAAGACCAAAUAGAAAUUCCAGCUGUCGUAAAAGAAGUCAAAGAAGAGCUGUAACCCUGUAAUGUACUGUCUAGUCCAAACUUAUAAGGUAUGAAAAUACACUAAGAAAAGAUAACAAAGUUUCAGAGUGGGCUCUCAUACUGGCGUAAAACUGACUUAGUAAAAUUAAGUCUAGUUCUUGUGGAAUUUUGUUCAAAUUGUUGGAGAGAUCUUUAAUACCUUUUCUUAAAAGUUCAAUACAUCUUAUUGAAACUCCUGUGCAAGAGUCCUUUACUACAAAUAAUCUAAUGAUAAACACACAGUAUAGCACAAAGUAAUUUGUAUAGUUGCUUAAGGCUUUUGUUUAGUCUAACAUGAAUGUGACUAAAACACUCAAUAUCAAUCCUUAAAAAUUGGUGGUAGGUUUUGCCUAAUGUGCCGUUCAAAGUACCUGUUCAUAAGUAUAGUGAUAACUAAUCAUUCCACUUAUUUACGUAUACGUUUUAAAAGUAAUGUACGUUUAAUAACAUCUACGUGUGUAAAAGUCUGAUUAAAUAAUCCAAUUAUUUCUAAGCUAAUUAUAAUACAUUUAAAAAAUGUAAAUGUGUAAAUGUAAAAAUGUCUCAUGUGCAAUAGUAUAGACUAAGCAACGGGACGAUGUCGAAGUUGGACAACGUUAAACGUGGACUACGUUAAAAGCAGACACCGCCUCCAUCAGACAACGAUAAAAGCAGACAACGACGAACAUGGACACAUUCAAAUGUGUCCAAGCUUAACGUUGCACGCAAACGAUGAACCUGGACACAUUUAUAAGUUGUCCAAGGGUGGCGUUGCACGACACGACGAAUAUGGACACAUUCAAAUGUGU